AUGGCAAUGUCUUCGCCGGGCGCCAAGAAGGGCGCAGAAGUGAUAGAUUUGGUGGACACAGAGGACGAGACACCGAUGAGCGCCGAUGAGAUGAGAUACCUGUCGAGCAGUCGUUUGGCCACACAUUUCAUGGGCGAAGACCUGUGCGAUCGGGCGGACAUCGAGCGCCGCAAUCGUGUCAACAGGUCUACUGAGCCAACCAUUCCUCUCGAGUCAUACAACGAGGGGUUCGUCGAUAUGAUGGUCAACAGAGACCACAAAAAGGGUCGCAAUUUGUCUGAAGACAUGACCGACUAUGAGGUGGAGUCAAUGGUGGAGUCCAUACUGAACCUGAAGGUCGAGUCGGACCACUCGUCUGGUGGUAACGGUUCCGAUAAUGACAUCGAAGAGAUUGAUGGCAUGGAUGAGGAGGCGUCCAAGAAGUGGAAACCGAAUGUGUUUUUGCCACCAAAACAAGACUUAUCGGAGUUCUUGGACAUCGGAUACAAAUUAGAUUUCGAUGAGCCGUCGGACACGUGUGUGAACUACGCGCCAAUACAGGCGCCCAAAGGCUACCUAAGCUGUCAGAAGGCCUAUGGGUUCGACCGGUGGUUCUUAGCGCGACUCAAACGCCUCGACUGUCGAGACGUGAGGCUUGAGUUGCAUUUGUGGCCAACGAUUCUCAAGGGAUUCAGCGUUUGCUGCGUUUCCCGACCAAAGAGUGGCAAAACAAACGCCUUUUUAAUACCAUUGAUGUAUGAGUUGGACAAACCGGCCGCACAUAUGGACAGCCGUUUCAGCACCGGUAGCGAGAGGACGAGUAUCGGCGCGAUAGUGAUGUGUAGUUCCACGCGACAGACAUAUGAGAUCGCACAACAGGCCAAGCGUUGGCGGGACAUCGACGUGAGCGCCGGUAGACAGACGGUGCGCAUCGUGUCGUUGAACUCAUCCAAUGCCGACAAACAGUACAUAAGUCUUAUGAAUGGUUGCGAUAUAUUGGUGUCGACUCCCAAACCACUGCUGAAGGCCAUUCAGGACGAGUCUAAAGGACAAAUGAGAUUAUCGAAGGACGGGAAGGGAAUGGGAGAUAAUUUGAUGGCUUUCCAGACGAUGGCGUUCGCCCGCAAAUGGACACAAGGGGUCGAGUGGUUCGCCAAAGAGAUCCAACACAUGCCGGUCGUGACGUUUGGCUCAUAUUAUGAACUGUCGAUUGCCUUUAAGAUUGAGUGCAAUGUGGAAGUGAUUACCGCCGAUGGAAACCGUGAAGACACUGUCCUAAGAGUCAUACAGAAGGCUAUCGAUAGCAAUAAAAGUCGAAUAGCAGUCGUCUGUCGAACCAUCGAUGAGAUAAAGUUCUUAAAGCGUCGACUGAUGACCAAAUGGACGUGCGUUGUGGUCACCCACGAGACCAAACACUACGACUUGGAACAGCUGUGCAAUAAGUGGCGCACCGGUACUGUCCUAUUGGUGAACGACUCGGCCAUCAGACAGAUCUCGAGUGGAUUCAAGAAGUGUCAGUGUCUUAUCCACUAUAAGCUUCCGAAUGACUUUAAAGAGACAUUUGGCGAUCGGUUCCGACUGAUGAGGGGUUGGCUCAAGAAGUAUGAGACACCGAUUGGCGCCACGAAUGCCCGACGACUGUCGCAGUAUAUACUGAUCGGUGAUGACGACAGCGGACACGAACCCCAACUCAUCCGAUACCUGAAGCGCCUUAAGGCUCGCGUUCCUCUGCAGUUGACACACGUGUAUGACUCGCAGCAACGGUUGCGCCCACUUUGCGGCUACUAUUCCUCGUACGGGAAGUGUCCCUUCGAGUCGUUGGACUGUCCGAAACGGCACGCGUUUGGCCGCCACGACCGGCCCGACCCACGACUGCCCACCAGCGGACAGAUCAAGAUAACGGUGACCUACGUGUUGGGCGCCAACGACUUCUACUUCCGGUGCCACGAGUUUCGCGGUGCGAGUCAGACGUCCGGCAAAUGGCAGCCAAUGAGCGAUAAUUACGAUGCGAUCCGCGAAGAGCUAAUUGCGCUCAAAGAUACGCCAUAUAAUACGGUUAGGGAUCCAACGGGUGACAGACUGUACGGGAUUGCUGUGAGGGGACAGGUAUUUAGAGUGCGUUUGACAAAAAUCAUUGGUUCCGAAGAGACCAACUUCUACGAAGAC